UAUGAGUAUUGCCCAACGUGUGCGUAUGAUAGUUAUAUGUAUAUGUCUCCGGCGUAUAUCCUCACACUUUAGCAUUUUGGAGUCCAUAGAUGAUGCUUUCUGGAGUCCUGAUUCAGCCGUUGAGGGUUCAUAAAAAAUUUUUUAGUCCAUUUUACAGCCGCUAACGAUUGUGUUUGUGGAAAAAGUACUUUUCUGGGGGGGCGUUAUGAUGAAUGCGGAAGUUGCAAUAUCUCGUGCGGCCACUAGAUUACAAUCUCCCUACAGCUUUGCUCCCGGGAGGCUCGGCUCCGUCACGCUCACCUCCCCGCUCUCCUUUUAUACAUUCACCGUGCUCCCUCCUCUAUUUUCUUUUCUCCCCGCCCAGGAGCAGCGUGACCGCGCACUGCCGCGCGCCCCCAGAGCGGCGGCACUGAUUAGCAAGGCAAAGUGGAGUUUUCAGCGACCGUCAGCGAGUUGCGAAAAGGACUGCUCUUUUAAUUACGUCCACGGCGGCGAACACGCACGGAUGAUGAAAAGAAAAGAAAAGCAACGCAAGUAGGACUUGAAUUUCGAGGAGUUGUUCGGAGCCGAGCGGCGGAAGAGAGCGAAGGAAAACCAAUUAAUUCAAUGGGAAUGCAGAGAAUUAAAUAGAGACGAAGGUAUUUAGUGCGCCUGCGGGUGUUUGUGGCUCCGCAAACCCAUCCUGCGCGCGGACGGAACACUUGAGCCCCACUUACAAUUGACUUCAGCGAUCGCGUCUGGAGAGGUAAUGUCUUGACUCGGCGGUGUCUCCAGCCCAGUAAAGGACGUGCCAGUGCCGGGCUGCUGCUAAUGGGAACUCCUGCUCCGCCAUGAGUGCUCGUGAUGGCGUUGGUGGCGUCGGUGGCAUGGGCACCUUGGGCCGGCGGCCGCGCUUCGAGAACUCAGAGUUCACCCUGCGCAUCUACCCGGGCGCCCUGGCCGAGGGCACCAUCUACUGCCCGAUCAGCGCCCGCAAGACCACCACCGCCGCCGAGGCCAUCGAACGCGUCAUUGAACGCCUGCAGCUGGACCGCACCAAGUGUUACGUUCUGGCCGAGGUGAAGGAGUUCGGCGGGGAAGAAUGGGUGCUGAACCCCUGCGACUGUCCCGUGCAGAGGAUGAUGCUCUGGCCCCGCGUGGCGUUAGAGCAGCGCUCGCUGUCCGGCGGCGAGGAUUACCGCUUCCUCCUCAGGCUGAAGAACCUGGACGGCUCCAUCCACUACGGCGGCAGCCUCCAGAUGUGGCUGCAGGUCACGGAGGAGCGCCGGCGCAUGGUGGAGCGCGGGCUGCUGCCACAGCCCGAUCCUCAGGGGGACCACGCCGACCUGUGCCACCUGCCGGAGCUCAACGAGCGCUCGCUGCUGGACAACCUGCGCUCGCGCUUCCGUCAGGAAAAGAUCUACACGUACGUCGGAAGCAUCCUCAUCGUCAUUAACCCGUUCAAGUUCCUGCCCAUCUACAACCCCAAGUAUGUGAAGAUGUACGAUAAUCACGCGCUGGGCAAUUUGGAGCCACAUAUUUACGCCGUGGCGGACGUGGCGUACCACGCCAUGCUGCAGAGGGAGAGGAAUCAGUGCAUCGUUAUAUCUGGGGAGAGCGGCUCUGGGAAGACGCAAAGCACGAACUUCCUCAUUCACCACCUGACCGCUCUCAGCCAGAAGGGAUUUGCCAGCGGAGUGGAGCAGAUCAUCUUGGGGGCCGGGCCAGUGCUAGAGGCAUUCGGGAACGCAAAGACAGCCCACAAUAACAACUCGAGUCGCUUCGGCAAGUUCAUUCAGGUGAACUACCAGGAGAGCGGAACUGUGAGAGGAGCAUAUGUGGAGAAAUACCUGCUGGAGAAGUCGAGGCUGGUGUAUCAGGAGCACAAUGAGCGAAACUACCACGUGUUUUACUACCUGCUGGCAGGAGCGAGUGAAGAAGAGAGGGAAGCCUUUCAUCUCAUGAAGCCUGAAGAAUACCAUUACCUCAGUCAGAUGACAAAGUCAACCCGCCAACUGCACUGGGACAGUUACUGUGAGAGUGAAGCGGACUGCUUCACAGUCGAGGGAGAAGACCUGAAGCAUGACUUCGAGAGGCUUCAGCUGGCCAUGGAGAUGGUGGGCUUUCUUCCCUCCACGCGCAAAAAGAUCUUCUGCCUGCUGUCGGCCAUCCUUCACCUGGGCAACAUCCGCUACAAGAGGAAGACCUACAGGGACGACUCCAUCGACAUCUGUAACCCAGAGGUGCUGCCCGUCGUCUCCGAACUGCUGGAGGUCAAAGAAGAGAUGCUGUUUGAAGCUCUGACAACCCGGAAAACGGUGACCGUCGGAGAGAAGCUGAUUGUUCCUUACAAACUGUCCGAGGCCGGCACGGUGCGCGACUCCAUGGCGAAGUCCCUGUACAGCGCUCUGUUUGACUGGAUCGUCUUCAGGAUCAACCACGCCCUGCUCAACAUCAAGGACCUGGAGGAGACCACCAAGAUCUUGUCCAUCGGCGUGCUCGACAUUUUUGGGUUCGAGGAUUACGAGAACAACAGCUUCGAGCAGUUCUGCAUCAACUUUGCCAACGAGCGUCUCCAGCACUACUUCAACCAGCACAUCUUCAAGCUUGAACAAGAGGAAUACAGGGCAGAAGGCAUCAGCUGGCACAACAUCGACUACAUCGACAACACCGGCUGCCUCAACCUGAUCAGCAAGAAGCCCACAGCUCUGUUCCACCUCCUGGACGAAGAGUGCAAUUUCCCUCAAGCCACCAACCAGACUUUGUUGGAUAAAUUCAAGCGGCAGCACGAGGGGAACAGCUACAUCGAGUUCCCCGCUGUCAUGGAGCCCGCCUUCAUCAUCCGACACUAUGCCGGCAAGGUCAAGUACGGGGUCAAGGACUUCAGGGAGAAGAACACGGACCACAUGCGUCCGGACAUCGUAGCGUUAUUGAAGAGCAGCAAGAACGCCUUCAUCUGCGGGCUGAUGGGCAUCGACCCGUCGGCCACUUUCCGCUGGGCGGUACUCCGAGCCUACUUCAGGGCCCUGGUGGCUUUCAGAGAGGCCGGGAAGAGACACACGCAGAAGAAGACUGGGCAUGAUGACGCUGCUCCCUGUGCAGUUUUGAAAAGUGUGGAUAGUUUUAGUUUUCUGCAGCACCCUGUGCAUCAGAGAAGCUUAGAGAUCCUGCAGAGAUGCAAAGAGGAGAAGUACAGUGUGACCAGAAAGAGUCCACGUACGCCGCUGUCAGACCUUCAUGGAAGCAACACCAUCAACGAGAAAUCCCCCCGGAGUUCUCCGGGCCUCGGCUGGAACGGGCGUGUGGGUCGACUGAGCCGCCUGUCAUGCGGCAGCUCCACCACAGAAGAAGACGGCAUCUUUGUCAACUCUGCGAGCAGCAAACUCCUCGAGAGAGCCCACGACAUCCUCAUGAGGAACAAAAACUACAAAUCUAAGCCAGUUCUACCGAAGCAUUUACUGAACGUCAAGUCCCUGAAGUACCUCAGCAACCUGACGCUUCACGACCGCAUCACCAAGUCGCUGCUUCACCUCCACAAGAAGAAGAAACCACCCAGCAUCAGCGCACAGUUCCAGGCCUCCCUCUAUAAGCUGAUGGAGACUCUGGGUCAGUCCGAGCCGUAUUUUGUCAAGUGCAUCCGUUCCAAUGCUGACAAGCUGCCUCUGAGGUUUAAUGAUAACCUGGUGCUGAGGCAGCUGCGCUACACAGGUAUGCUGGAGACGGUGCGCAUCCGACAGUCGGGCUACAACAUCAAGUACAGCUUCAAGGAUUUUGUCCACCACUUCAGUGUGCUGCUCCCGGAGGGCACCAGGGCCACCAGAGACGGCAUCCAGCAGAGUCUGGACCAGCUAGACCUCGAACCAGAUGGCUCCCAAGUGGGAAAGACAAUGGUGUUCUUCCGGGAGGCCGAGCGCCAGCGGCUGCAGGCCGUUCUCCACGCCGAGGUUCUCAGACGCAUCGUCACGCUGCAGCGGCGGUUCAGAGCGCUUCGGGAGAGGAAGCAGUUUGUGAGAAUGAGAGAAGCGGCGCUCUGCAUCCAGAAAUGGUGGCGUUUGUACCGGCCCAUAGACGAGGAGGAGGAUUAUAUCCCUCGCGUCCAGGAGGGGGCAGCAUUGUGUCUGCAGACGCACUGGCGAGGCCACAGGCAGCGUCAGAGGUUCAGGCUGUGGAGGGAGGCUGCUGUGGUGCUGCAGCGGGCGUGGAGGUCACGUCUCUGCCGGCGCCGCACAGCCGCUCUGGUCAUUCAGACGGCCUGGCGCUGUCGUCGAGCCAGAGACGCCUACUUGCGUCUGUACGGCGCCGUGGCACAACUACAGGCAGUGAGCAGAGGCUUCCUGGCCAGGCGGAGCUUUAAACAACUGAGAGAUCAGAGGUUGAGGGAGGAGAAGGAGCAGCAGCAGCAGAAGCUGCUUCAACUACAGAAUGGCCGGGUGAUUCUCUCGCCAGAAGAAGAAGAAGAGGAGCCGCCUGAGAUGGGGUUGGACCUCAGCACGUGGGAGGAUCGCUCCUACGAGCAGCGAGCAAGGAGCCUCCAGAUCCUCAGCAGCCACGAGGGUGCCGUCAAAGAGGAAGGAGAAGGAAGAGAACACGCUCGGACAAGAGACGGAGCCUCUCAGGCCCAAUCUGAAGCCACGGACUCAAUCCAGACGUCCACCGUGGUGGUGCGGGAGAGGUCCAGAACUUUAGAUGAGCCCAGCCAGAAAACCACCCGGGCCAAGAGAGAGAGCCGGCGGAUGAGAGAGCUGGAGCAGGCCAAGUUCAGCCUGGAGCUCCUCAAGGUCCGGGCAACCGGCGGCGCCUCGUCCCCGUCCGAGGAUCGGCGCUGGUCUGUGGAGCUGGUGGCCCCGGCGACCCCGCCUCCUCGCUCGCCCCAGGGCACGCCCGACAGCCACAGCUCCAAAGGCAGCUUCGAGCUUCUCAGCAUGGACGACGAGGCCCCCAAGGCUGUGGAAGAGGUGACGGACGGUGAGGACCGCUUCUCCUCUCUUCCUUCGGUAGCGGCAGCGCCCGGUUCAUCGAGCCCGAAGCCACUCGAGCCACACGGGACCGAUGCGGUCGCCCACCAAGGCAGACAGCGCCAGACCAAAAUGGAUCCGGCGGCCCCCUCUGCCCACACACAUCCGCCCAAAAUCGAGAACUACCUCCCGACCUUUUACGUCCCUGCUAGCAGCACAGCCGUCUCCCGUCGUCCCGCCGAAGAGCCCAAACGAAACAAAGAGGCAGCCGCCGCCACCACGGUCACCAAGCUUCUCAAGGAGAAGAGGGAGUCGCCGCGGCGACCAGUGGUGGUGGUCAUCAGCAUGCAGAAAGAAACGCCACUGAGCCAAGAGCUGAGUGACGUUGUCCGUCCCCCUGCAGAGGUACGAGACUCCGGGGCUCCGACGGGGCAGAACCCCGACCCGGCUCUCGUCCCCCUGUCCACGCCGGUCCCUCAGGUGGACCAGGCGAUCAUCGAGAAGCUGGUGCGACUGAACGAGGAGAAAGAGGUGAGGCAGCGAAAUCAGCGGCAGCAGAACGAGAAGGAGAUGAUGGAGCAGAUCAGGCAGCAGAAAGAAGCGCUGGAGCAGCAGCGCUCCUUCUUCGCUCAGUACGAGCGGGACAUGUUCGAGAAGCAAAGAGGAGACGCGCUGCACCGGAUCCAGCAGAGUCGACAGGGGCGCCAAGAUGCCGGCUCCGGGGAGCCCCGUAGACCCAGCUCCCUGCUGAUCGAGAGAACGGCGGCGGAUGCUCCUCAGGCCAGAACGCAGUCGGACUCCACGGCCCCGUCGGACGCCGCUCACCCGCAGCUGCCUCCUCCGCCUGCCUCCGUUCCCAGAGAAAGACGCAAGGAGAGCCGGCCGGCCGCCGAGGGCUGGGCGCCCAAGCUCACGCUGGAGUCCAGAGAUGGAGGAACCAGAGCGAGGGCGUCGACCAAGAAGACGCCGGGUGACCGAGGCGCCGCAGUGAGUUCGACGGACAAGCCAAACAUCUUCUUCUCUCCAAAGGACAAAGUCACAUUUACAAAGUUUGGCCGUGAAGCCGCCGACAGAGAAGCGCCUGCAGCCGUUCCCAAAGAAGCCCCGUCCCCCGUCUCCAAGCCCUCGAAAGGGGCAAAAACGCGGGAUGUUGGCAGAGUGGGCCAAAAAAAGAAAGCCAGAAUGGCGCGAACCCGCUCCGACUUCCUCACCCGAGCCCCCACCCUCUCGGUUGGGGGCGAUUCCGACGAGGAUGACUAUGAAGGCGAUGGCGGCGGGCCCCGCCAUUACAGUCUGCCCAAGCAGAGCUCCACGGAGGCGGGCCUAAGAAAGUCCUGUUUCAGUGACUCAGACAUGCCUGCGAGCUCCGAGGAGCAGAAGAAGUUACACAAAGCCAUGUCGUCAGGAGACUUGGUCAAAGAGGACUCCAUGCGCAAGAACUCUCAAGACGGAAGUUUGACCAGGGGUCGAAGGAUGCGUUUCUGGGGCAAGACAAAGCACGGGGAGAAGAAGACGUCCAGAGAAAAGCUGAUCUGUGGGUCCGAUUCCCUGGACGGAGACGACGGGGACACCGGGCCAUUGCUGGGAGACGCAGGUCAGGAGAACAUGUCGCCGCCCGGCAGCCCGGACCCGAUGUCGGACCGAGGGUUCAGAGACCUGAAGGAGAACAAGGAGCCGUCUCCCAAGGUGAAGCGGCGGCGCAGCGUUAAGAUCAGCAGCGCGGCGCUGGAGCCGGCUCAGUGGCAGAACGACGCGCUGCAGAUCCUCACCUGCACCAACGACUACAGGAGCAUGAACGACUUCCUCAUGAAGAAGAUCAACGACUUGGACACCGAGGACGGGAAGAAGGACACCAUGGUGGACGUCGUGUUUAAAAAGGCUUUGAAGGAAUUCCGGCUGAACAUCUUCAACUCUUACUCCACGGCUCUGGCUAUGGAUGACGGGAAGAGCAACCGCUACAAAGACCUCUACGCUCUGUUUGAGGACAUCUUGGAGAAGACCAUGCGACAGGAGCAGAGGGACUGGAGGGAGUCUCCGGUCACGGUGUGGGUCAACACCUUUAAGGUCUUCCUGGAUGAGUUCAUGACCGAGUACAAACCUCUCAACAGCACGCCCAGCAAGCAGGUACCGAAACCUGAACGCAAAAAAAGGAGGAAAAAGGACACGGACAUUGUGGAGGAACAUAACGGCCACAUCUUCAAGUCCACCCAGUACAGCAUCCCCACGUACUGUGAAUACUGCUCGUCACUCAUCUGGAUGAUGGACCGCGCCUGUGUGUGCAAAUUGUGCCGCUACGCCUGCCACAGAAAGUGCUGCCUGAAGACGACCACCAAAUGCAGCAAGAAGUUCGAUCCGGAGCUUUCCUCCAGGCAGUUCGGAGUGGAGGUCUCUCGUCUGACGAAUGACGAGCGGACGGUGCCCCUGGUGGUGGAGAAGCUCAUUAACUACAUCGAGAUGCACGGGCUCUACACUGAAGGAAUGUACAGAAAACCUGGCUCCACCAACAAAAUCAAGGAACUCAAGCUGGGACUCGACACAGAUGUUGAAAACGUGAAUCUGGACGACUACAACAUCCACGUUAUCGCUAGCGUGUUCAAGCAGUGGCUGAGAGACCUGCCCAAUCCCCUGAUGACGUUUGAGCUGUACGAGGAGUUCAUUCGCGGCAUGGCUUUGCAGGAUAAAAAGGAAACGAUCAGAGGGGUGUAUGCAGUUAUUGACCAGCUCAGCAGGACUCACCUAAACACUCUUGAACGCCUCAUAUUUCAUCUCGUCAGGAUCGCUUUACAAGAGGACACAAACCGCAUGUCGGCUAACGCCCUGGCCAUAGUGUUUGCUCCCUGUAUCCUGCGCUGUCCCGACACCAUAGAUCCACUGCAGAGUGUCCAGGACAUCGGGAAGACGACUGCGUGUGUAGAACUUGUCAUUUGUGAACAGAUGAAUAAGUACAAAGUUCGGCUAAAGGACAUCAGCAGCCUGGAAUUUGCAGAGAAUAAGGCCAAGUGCAGACUGGUCGUUCUUCGACGGUCGAUGAAACCCGUACUAAUAGCCGUUAGAUUUAUGAGCAUACCGCGCACUAUGCAGACAAACGCAGCUAAAAAGGUAAAGGGAAAAAGCCACGUGCAUCGACUGAGCUACCACGCGCCCCAGCCGCCGGUCAGCCCGCGGCUGCCGUCCCGCGGCAAACCCGCGAUGGAAAAGAGCGGCAGCGAAGAAGGAGAGGACUCGUAUGCCGAAAUCUCCGAGCAUCAGCAGGCGGCCAUGCAGCAGGAGGAGAGGGUGCUGACGGAACAGAUUGAAACCCUGCAGAAAGAGAAAGAGGAGUUGACUUUUGAGAUGUUGACUCUGGAGCCUCGAGCGUCGGAUGAUGAGACCCUCGAGUCGGAGGCCUUCUAUCGUACAGCCGACAGCUCCGAAAACCUGAACGUGGACUCCGAGGGAACCUUUUCUGACUUCUCUGAGAGAGGUCCAGUGUUGACUUCCCCCUGGCCGCGGAGGUCUGACAUGACGAGCCCCCGACGCCGCGCUCUCCGCCGGCAGCCUGACUCCCUGGACUCUGUGGACUCUUGCUCCAGUGUUUCCUCCUACUCUUCAUCGUCACACUUCCAGCCAUCGUCCUCUUCCUCCUCUGCCAGCACCCGGCGUUUUAAUUUCCACUCCAGGUCUUCCACGGCAGGCUCAAUUCUGGCCCAGGCAUCUCAAGCCUCCCGAUGCGACCACACAGACAGUAGCCCCACAGGAGAUCCGGAAGGAGCGUUUGACGAAAGGCCCCAGUUUACAAGCAGAGGCACCUUCAAUCCGGAGAAGGGCAAACAGAAACUUAAAGGGGCCAAGCCUCCAUCCCAGAGGCACUCCAGAGAAGGCCGCGGGCCCGGCAGGGACCCUGCAGACAUACCGCAGCAGCUGGUAUUGUAUGGCAGCAAUGAAUUCAUGGUAUGAAGGACACUGGGACACAAAGCACUCCCUAUCCAACUCCCUGGCAGACGUAUUCGCUCUCACUGGGAAGUAACGCAAUGGUCGACUGAGCUCCACUCCGCAAAGCACUCUUGCUUAGGCCUUUCUUGAAGUCUGCAAAAAAAAA